AUGAUUGUACACAACGGUGGCAUCGUCAUUAUUCAACGGUACGGCCGAUUACUAAUCAACGCGCUACGUAUCACAAAAGAGGUGGUGAUCGGACGCAACAAUCCGACGUUCUUAAGGCGCAGACUGCAAGCUGCUGGUAGCAAACAAAAGUUAACCGUUCCGGUGCGGCCGCUCUUAUUCGUGACGUCAUAUUCGUUGUUUUCCUCCAAGGAGAAGAAGAUAGAUUCACCAGCGAACGCUAAAAUGGCGGAAGACGGUGUAAAAUCGCUUAGCGAGACCAUUCAGCACGCAGAUCAGCUUUUUGACGAGAACAACUUCCAAGAUGCAUACGAUCUGUUGCAGAAGUACCCGACACAGGAAACGUACGAUAUCAAGUGGCGACUGGCGAGAGUGACGUUCUCACUAUCGAAACCCCAACCAAGCCCUCGGAAAGAAGAACUGGUGCGGGAAGCGUUCCGUUACGCGGAGGAAGCCCUUAAGCUGAACGAUGCGGAUUUUGCGUCCCACAAGUGGUAUUCGAUCUUGCUAGACGCUAAAAGCAGCUUGGAUGGUAUCAAGGAGCGCGUAACGCAACUUGAAACGGUCAAACAGCACAUGCAGCGAGCGGUUGAGUUGAACCCGAACGAUCCGACCAGCUGGUACAUCUUGGGCCAUUUCUACUACGGGCUGGCCGAUUUGCCCUGGUACCAGCGGAAAAUUGUGUCGACAAUUUUCGCAACUCCACCCACCGGUACGUACGAGCAAGCGCUGGAAUGCUUCGAGAAGGCCGAAUCAACACAGGCAAACUUUUACUCCAUGAAUCACCUGAUGCUGGCCAAAACAUAUCAGGCCCUGAAGCAGGCGGAAAAGGCAAAAGAAUUCAUGACACUGGCUGCCAACGUGGCUGUGCUGAACGAGGACGACAAGCAGUGCAAGGAGGAGGCAACGAAACUGUUGAAGAAAAUGUAA